GUUCUUAUAUUUAAAACACUGCUCCUCAAUUACAUCUGAAUUUGUCGAUAUGAUGAAUCCUCAUGGACACUGAGCACUCAGAGGAAACUCAAGCUUCAGACAAGUGUCUGUCUGAACCAGAAUCGGCACUUUAUUCACCAAAAUCCGACAGGCAAAGAGCCAGAUCUCUGCCUGUAGAUCUAUACCAAGAUGCAUCUUCCUCUCACAAGGAACAUCCAACUGUAGUGCGUGCAAAGAGAGUCCAGUUUGCAGACAUGAUGGGGUUGAACCUGGCAAACGUCAGACACUUUGACAUCUCCGACGACGCAAAUGAAAUGCGCAACGUGUCAUCUGGACUCUGGAGUCGUCCUUCGAACCAACAGCUGCAACAUGGAGAUGAUCUGAUUUCUGCACGUUUUGUAACAGCCUUUGAAAUGCCUGUGAGUUUGCUGGAGUUUGAUACGAAGUCACGCCGUCUGGGAGUCGCAUUGGAAAGUGUCACAAUAACCGCUUCGGAAGUGAAAGGUGUGAUCAGAGUGACACAGAGCAACGCAAGAGAAGUUGGGGUCAGGUACUCUUUAAAUAACUGGCUGACAUUUUCAGAUAUACAAGCUGCAUUAAGAUCAAAUGAAGAAAAAGUGCUACAGUUUGAUUUCAUUUUGCACACGCCAUUCUGUUUCGACAAAGAUUCAUCAGUGCAAUUCGCAGUGUAUUGUCGGAGCGAUGACCGGGAAUACUGGGACAAUAAUGAUGGGCACAACUACACUUUGAAGAUUACUUGACCAAGCCAAGGAUGAAUUAAAUUUAGUUUAAUAAAGCAAACUUGACUUUUAA